AUGUAUCAAGAGCAACAUAUCUUACAAGGUGAAACACCAACAACUAUCCCUAAAAAGUCAGUUAUGGUAACAACAGACAAGAGCGAUAUCGCCAAAGCUUUUGAUAGAGCGCUUGACGAAAUAACAAAACAUAUCAAUGAAGUAUCAGUGUCGACGCCUAUUGGAAAACAGCCCCAAAACAACAAUUUGAAAAUUAGUCCUGCUGAUUCUGAUAAAUCAGCUUCAUCGGGUCACUCUAGUCAAUCGAGCGGUCAAACCAGUUCCACUUCAAUCACUGAAGAAUCUAUUGAAAUUAAAGCCUUGGGAAAAUUCAGGAACGAUGGUAGACCCUUACCCUUUAAUGUUCAUUUUAAGGAUUCAUUGAAUAGAUUGGAAACGGUGGAGGAGAAUCCCGAAGAAGGUCGUACAGCUCCAAGUUCACCAAUCGUCUCUUCAUUCGAUCAGAUCAUGCCCAUUUCAUUGCCUCAAACCCAUUCUGUCUCUUCCCGAAAAUCACUGAUGUCUAAUUUAAUUAAGCCACCAACUGUUAGGGUGGUUUCCACGCAAGGAAAGGCCGCGCUUGACUACAUUAUUCCAAAAACUUCUUCGCGAACUAGCUGCAUCGCGUAUAUUAAAAAUAAUGGACACCAAAUUUCUCUUGAAUUUAAAGAAUGUGCGAAUCAUGUGUUCAUAUUUUACGUUCAAAUACGGUCAAAAGCUCAUUCAAAACAUAUUCUGAAUCCUGUUUCGGAAUUUGUUACCUUUUCCGGUAAAAAAGAGAGUCAAGGUGGUAAUAUUUCUCCAGCGAAAACAAACAUGAAUAUUCAAUUUAUGCAGAAUACUGCCGAAGAAGAUGCUCUUCAUCCACUCUCUUGGGUUUUUCCUAGAAAAACACUUUCUGAAGCUUAUAUUGAAUUGGCAACACCUGCGGAGGCAAACCGUGCGGUUGAUACGCGCAACAUGAAACCAUUGAAGGGACGUCUCGUUUCAUGUAUGCGAUCAUCUCAGGAGGAUCUUAUGAGAGCGGUCUUUCCAAAAUGGAAAGGUGAAUUUUCUGGUUGCGACGCGGUCAUAACUUCGGAAAUGUUACAAUCAACACCAACUGUACCGCACAUUCCAUUUAUCACGAGAGAAGAAAUGAAUUCUCUUUUGGUAGUUUGCCGAAAUUAUAAGCUUCAUUUCUCCCGUAAAUGUGCGGAACGUCCAUUCGAAAAUAUCAUAAGCGUUCUUGUAAAGAUGCGUGCUGGUAUUAUGACACCAGUCUUUACUGAACGUCAAAAAUUAAUGAUACUUCAAGUAUCUGGUAUGACACUUCCUGCGGAUUUGCAAGAUCGGUUGACUCCUUUCAAGAAGGAUGAAACGGAACAAGGCUCAGAAACUCAUAAUCAAGUCGAUCCAACUUUAAUUACAAACAUGUCCACGGAUAAUAUAAAUCUUAUUCCUUCAAGUCUUUUUCACUCGUCUCCGGUGGAAUUCCCCGAGUAUAAAGGCAUAUUCGACCCUUUCCGAGAUGAUCGUGAAUUGAGGGCAACUUUCCUUCAAAAUGAAUCACGGCCGCAACUCGGUGCCUUUCGGGCAUUCGAUGUAUGGAAUCGGCUAAACGAGUAUCGAAAUAUGGAGUUUGUAAGCAACAUAAACACUAGUAAUCAAAUUCAACCGUUACCUACUCAACAACGAAAUGUUCUCAAUCGUCUGCAUACUGAUCAUGGAAAAAAUCCGUUCUUUGUUAAAGACUUUAAUUAUGAAGACUUUUAA